GUGAAGUUUGAGCUUCAACGCCCAUCAGCCGCCAUCUCUGUUGGUCUUUUCCGAUUUCCCGACGCCAUGGGUACGAAAGCUUCAGCUUCAGGUCCUUCCGAAACCUCCGUAACCCAAAUUCAAUACAAACCCAAAGAUAGAGGCUUCCUGAACCAUCUCGAAGCUUACCUCGCGAAGAGAGAUGGCGUGGACAAGCUGCUAAAGAUCUCUCGGUACGCCACCAAGAUCAUUCUGGCCUCGUCCGUCCUCCCCGAGACCCUACCGGUGGCUCAGCGCCUCAAGAGCUUUGAAUCCAGUGUGGGACUGAGUCGGAAGGCUUUCCGACUCGGUAAAUUCGUUCAAGACAUCAACGCUCUGAGGAACUCGCAAUUGGAUUCCAAGCAAGAGAUUUUUAUAUCGAUUGUUGCUUAUGGAGGUGAAGGUUUGUAUUAUUUUGUUGAACAGUUAAUUUGGCUGGCUAAAUCCGGAUUGAUUGAUGGGAAACACUCUCGUAGUCUGCAAAAAAUCAGUGCUUGGGCUGAGUUUAUCGGUUACUUAGGCAGUAUUACUCUUAAAAUUAGGGAUUUGAAGCAGAUUACCGAAGACGAGAAGUGCUUGAACGCCGGUAUUGAGAUUGCGAUUUCGAGAGGAAUUGAUCAUCAAGUGGAAGAAGCGAGGAUGAAGAAAUUGAGAGAGAAGUUGUUAAUGAAGAAACUUUCUAUUGUUCAAGAUUUGGCGGAUGGGUUAAUGGCGUUGGCUGAUAUUCGAGACAGCAAAGGGCGUCUUUCAGGGCCGCUUUUGUUGGCGUCUGCUGGGCUUUUAUCGGCGAUCAUUAGCACCCAUAAGAAUUGGGUUUCUUGCUGAGUUUGAUGCUCUUCUUCAAGGUAUGACUGUUAGUGUCAGGAAUCCUUAUUGUUUAUCUUGUUUGAAUUGUAAAUUGGGUUAUUUGGUGGAAGCAGAAGACUUGACAAUUCAAUCAAGGGAUAUCUAGCUGGGAAUUCUGAGAGUAACUCAACUCUCAAAUUGUGGAGGGGGUUGAUACAACUAAAGAGGUGAGCAAAGAUUAGGAGCAAUUGAAUUCGUUGCUUCUCAACACUCUCCUGUUCAAUUAUCAGAAACUGACACACGUAAUCCAUAAAAGAUUGGGAAGUAUCAGUAGCUAAGCAAUGUUAUGAACCCAUGUUCGUGAUUGGUGUUUCCAACCGUAACUAAGAAAUUUGAAAUUAUAAA